AUGAAGCUGAAUAACUCUGUCCCAGCCACUGGCUUCCACAAAUUCAUUGAAGUGGACAAUGAACACAAACUUCAUACAUUUUAUGAGAAGCAUAUGGCCCCAGACGUUGCUGAUGUCACCCUGGGUGAAGAGUGGAAGGGUUAUGUUGUCAGAAUCAGUGGUGGAAAUGGCAAACAAGGUUUCCUCCUGAAACAGGGUGUCUUGACCCAUGGCCAUGUCUCCCUCUUACUGAGUAAGGGGCAUUCCUGUUAUAGACCACGGAGAACUGGAGAAAGAAAGUGCAAAUCUGUUUGGGUUUGCAUUGUGGAUGCCAAUCUGAGAGUUCUCAACCUGGUUAUUGUAAAAAAAGUAGAGAAGGAUAUUCCCAGACUGACUGAUACUACUGUGCCUCAUCACCUGGGGCCUGAAAGAGCUAGCAGAAUCCACAAACUUUUCAGUCUUUCUAAAGAAGAUGAUGUCCACCAGUAUGUUGUAAGAAAGCCCCUGAACAAAGAAGGUAAGAAACCCAGAACCAAAGCACCCAAGAGUCAGCAUCUUGUUACUUCAUGUGCCCUGCAGCAUAAAUGUCAGCAUGUUGCCCUGAAGAAACAGUGUUCUAAGAAAAAUAAGGAAAAGGCCACAGAAUAUGCUAAACUCUUGGCCAAGAGAAUGAAGGCAGCCAAAGAAAAAUGCCAGGAACAGAUUGCCAAGUGA